AUGUCAUACGCCACUGGAGCUCGACUGGCCAAUUCUCGUUCGGGCGCCUCAUCCUCGUCGCAGCGCAGCGGCCAGGUGUCUGAGGUAUUGAACAUUCAGGUGGACUUGGUGGUCCCAACUCGUGGCUUUCGCAUUGUAGACGACCAGGACCGAGAGCUCAAGACAAUCUUGGAACAGAUCGAACAACAGCACGGUGUCAGGAUCUGCCUCAAAGCACAGGAGGAUCCCAUCCAGAUCUCCGCUGCUUCUCCCAAGAACGCCCAGGCGGCCAUACGCAGCAUCUUGAGGAGCUUGAUGCUCCGUGAAGGGCAUGCGACAGUCUGGCGAGAUUCAGUACUUGUCGCUCCGCCCAGCGGCGACAAGCGUGCCAUACGGAUACUGCUCCAGGACAGCCCUGGAACUAUAUGGUUUCGACCAGCCGCGACACUCACCGACUCUACUGAGGUGGCUGAUGCUUUGGCUGUCCAAGCUUACAAGAGCGAUCUUGCUGCUGCGAUGGUCCGCGUGGGUGAUGGCUUGCGGUAUUCUCCCAAUAGGAUGCGCAUGCAGAUCGCUUUCGGCAAACUGUUCUUCAAAGAACGCAAGCGGGGUACUACGAGCUAUACGCUCGAUGAGUUCUGGAAGUUGGCUCGCAGGGUGAGCAGCAGAGGAACUUCCUACAUGGAGAUGAGACUGGGUGGUGAAUCAAUGCGCGAAAAGAUUCAACAUGCCUUCUCCCUCGAUCCAGACUUCGGAGGCCCCCAAGGCAUAGAAAACUUUGUGAUUGUGACGACGAAAAAUGUCAACCUGGAAGUGAGCGUCGAUGGAAAACAAAACGGUGGUUUUACUUUCGGCUCAUUGAACGUCUUCCAUCGAGAGAAGAGCCACCAUAGUGUCGAGCUUGCCACGGCAUGCCCUGACAAGAAUCACGACUGGGUUCUGAAAGUCGAAUCUCCCAUCGAUGAGACCGGCAAUAAGCUCCCACUCGAUCAACAUACACUUAGCAAGGGCAUCAGGAUUCGUCACAAUGCCAACACCGGUUGUAUUGAGCCUAACAUUGCGGCGUCCUUCGCCCAUAAACACCACAUUGAGGCUCUCAUUGGCAAGACGACCUGGUCCUAUUACCUCAACAAGGACUACAUUGUUGAGCUUUCCCUGUACCGGCAGUGGAGUACCAUCUCAGGCACUAAGAGCCAACAGCCUCAAGAGCCCGUCGCUGGUGUGAGCGUCAGCAUGUAUCGACCGGAGUGGAACGACCACAUGGCCAAUGCUGACGUCUCAGCCGGACCGCGGUCCUGGGGAGCGUUUCCAGAACAGUUCUUCAAGUCAUCCAUGUCAUCCGCUGACCCCACUAGGGAUCUUGACCCGCUUGAUGCCUUGUUGUACUGGGUUGGGAAGGUCCAAACGGUGCUGGAAAGAAUUGUAUAG